AUGGAUCCAACAGAAACUACAAGGGAUCCAAAUGCUGAUCUACCAAUAGCGGCUGGAAGUAUGGAACAACCUGAUCCGGUGGUCAUUAAAGAUCUAGAGACAUUCUUGGAGGAAGAAACUAAGGGAGAGAAAACGAAAAAGAAAAAACUUAAGAAGAAAGUGAAAAAGAAGGUAAAGAAGAAGAAAGAUGAGGGAUCUGAGGAUGACAAUAAUCAAGAGGAAUCAACUGCGAUUCCAACUGAAGAUGGUGCAGAGGUUCCUGUUAAGAAAAUGGUCAGGAGGAAAAAGAAGAAAACAAAAGACCAUGCCAAUACUUUGGAAGACGACAAUGGAGAUGAGGAUAUUUCAAAGAAAAAGACAAAGAAGAAGAAGAAGUUGAAAAAAAAAGUGAAAGUACCUCCUGAAACCGUUGAGAAUACCGAGAAGGCAGGAUUAGAUUCCAUUAUGGUGGGUAUUGAAGAAUUCUUACAGGAUGAAGAAGGUGAAAUCCCAGUUAACAUAAUCAAAGAAGAAAAAAAUGAAAAGUAUGUUGGAAUAGAAACGAAAGAACCUUUGUCAACAGCUAAUGAUGAUAGUAAAGUUGAAAAGGAUGAUAAUGUUGAGUCUAGUGAAGCAACUGAGACAACUACAGCUAAUGAUGACAGUAAGGUCGAAAAGAAGGAUGAUGUUGGGUCCGGUGAACCAACUGAGACAGCUGCAAAUAGUAAUGACAUUAGCGCUGAAAAGGAGGAUGAUGUUGAAUCUACUGAGACAAUUACAACUAAUGAUGACAGUAAAGUUGAAAAGAAGAAUGAUGUUGGGUCCGGUGGACCAACUGAGACAACUACAACUGCAGAUAAUGAAAGUAAUAAGGAUUCAAAUUCGAAUGAGGAAGAAGCAGUAAAUGAAAUUGAAGGGGAGGAGAAGACAAUAUCAUCAGAGCCAAACCUAGUGAAGCCACAUCAACAUAGUGUAAACAGUGAUGCUUUUGAACCAGUGAUUGCGAAGGAAAAAGAAGAAGACAAUGGUGAUGAAAACGAAGAGCUACCAAAACUAGAAAAUCCGACAACGUCAAUAACGAAGUUAGAAGAACCUGAAGAGCCUAUUAAAGAAUCAAUAAUGAUUGAAAAUAUUGAAGGUUCAGGUAGGCAAGAAGUGCAAGUUGAAGAUGGCCUUAAUAAUAAGAGUUCGGAGCAUAAAAGUGCUUCAAUGGAAGAACCAGAACCUAAGACUGUUUAUUUGGAAUCCGAGGAUAACAUGGAAGAGGAAAGGCAGCCAUCAAUAAAUACAGACGAAUUAUCAGAAAACCUGGCAGGUUUACCUGAAAAGGAAGAAGGAGAAGAAGAAGAAGAAUUAGAAAAAGACAUCAAAGAGACGGUAAAAGAACAAUCAACUUCGAUUAAUGGUCCUGAGCCAAUUUUAAAUGAAACUGAGGAACUAAAUUCCGAUACAGAAUUAAAAGAAUCACCAGUCACAUCAAAGGAGGAACAAUCGAUUGAGACUUCAAUUACGCCGGAAAAUGUAACUACAAAUAUUAUAUCGGAGACAUCUAAAUUGGAAGAAAAUGAUGAGUGGAACGAUGGAAAGGUGGCACAAGAGGGUGAAAUAACCGUUGAUUUAUCCGGUGAUGCUGAUACGGAGAUUACUGAUGAGUCAAGCACUAAAAAUGCAAAUGCGGGUGCAACAGAUGAUGAACUACCGGAAGUCCGCGUUGAAACGGAAAUUGAAAUGGAGGGGGAUGAAGUUGAUGGAAAUGUUCUCGUAGAAGACGAAAGCUCAAAGGAAACUACAAUUGACCACCUUACGGAGGAAAAAUCCGAUAAUAUUACGGACGAGAAAAAACCUGAAAGUGAAAAUGAGUCUGCCGGGGAAGAUAAUAUAGAACCCAUCGAUGCCAUUUCAGAAGGAUCAAGUACACUUCCUGAAGAUCAAGAAGAAAAGGGAAUACCAGAAACUGGAAAAUCCAAUGAAGGUUUAAACGCAAAGGAUAAUGAUGAAAUAACAAAAUCAGUUGUAAACGAAGAUGAAACGAAGGGAUUGACGUUUGAUGACGAACCUACUAAGGAUGUAUCGUUGCCUCUGGAUGUUGAAGACACGUCAAAGAAACCGCCCAUUGAAUCAACGAAGGACACCAUGAAUGAUAUUCUUGCAGAGACAGAUGCUUUUUUGAAAGAAUUGGGACUUGAUAUGGUAAACGAUGCUGAUGCUAAUGAUCUUCUCUUGUCGCUAGAUGGUAAGAAACCUACAAACGCAAAGAGUACAACAAACAAGGACACACCCAACACUAUCAAGCAAAGUGACAUUAUCGCAUACAACAAGACAUUACCGGUAUACAUCUACACGUCUCUUGCUGGUGGAGGGUUCCAUAUGAUCCCGCGUACCAACCGAUUGACGACGAUCCUCACUGCGAACAGAAUCGAGUUCACGUACCGGGACUUGGGUACAGACGACGAGGCCCGGAGAGUGUGGAAGACGUUUGGCAAGGGUAGAAGCCUGCCCGGUGUGGUCAGAGGCCGCGACGACAUCAUUGGCAACUGGGAGGAGCUUGAAGAGGCCAACGAGGAUUAUAGAGUCGCGGACCUCAUAUACGGCAGUUUGUAG